AUGGAUGCUUUCCGGUCGUUGACGAUCGGCACCAAGUUCAGCGCUGCCCGAAACGAGGAGGCGGCCAAGUUGUUCCGCAACGCGGGCAAGGACAAGGGCAGCCACGGAUUUCCUGACGCUAUCGGCGCUGAUGGAGCGGUUACCCUUGAGAACGCAUCGGACAUGGGCAGCAGCAGCCUGUCAGUGCCGCCUCCCAGUGCGACGCUGAACCUUUUCGGACGCCCCACAAGGAGUCACGCUGACGCAAACGCGCACCUCGGCGUAUCAGCGGGCUCGGAUGCUGCGGCUGCCGCCAACACCGCCUCCGAGAACAAGGCGCUAAAGGCAAUAACCUUCAAGAAGAAGCGCAACAUCUGGCGCCGCAACGAUCUGCAGGUGACGGGCACGGACUUGCCGGCACCGAUCGAGCACUUCUCCGACCUCGUGCGCCCACCGCUAAACGUGCCGCGCAAUGUAGUGAACAAUCUCUUCGCCCGUCAGCACAAGGUGCCCACUCCAAUCCAGAUGCAAGCGAUCUCAUCCCUCAUCCACCACCGCGACGUGCUUGCCUGUGCACCGACCGGAUCCGGCAAGACGAUUGCUUUUCUUGUCCCUCUUUUUGCGCUGCUCAAGGCACCGGAUGCGUCCUGCGGUGUGCGUGCCCUCAUUGUGACGCCCACCGCCGAGCUUGCCCAGCAGAUCGAGCGCGAGGCAUUCUUCUUGAUGAAGGGUCAGCGAUGGAAAUUUGUGCAGCAUGGCCAGACGACCAAGAAAAAGGACAUUUUCAUUGCUACCCCGGGCCGUAUUCUGUCGCUGCUCGAGCAGAAGCUACUAGACUUGAGCAACGUGCAGUAUCUCGUGUUCGACGAGGGCGAUCGCUUGUGGGACAGCAGGACGGACUUCUUGACUGUGAUUGACAGGAUUCUCACUGCAUGUACGCGCACCGACAAGGUAGUCAGCCUGUUUACGGCCACGCUGAGCGAGAAGGUGGAGGCAGCUGCCCGCUCCGUCAUGGGUGCCGACCCGGUGCGCAUCAUUGUCCAUGGCCGACGCUCCGCGAACACGCACGUGAAACAGCGAUUGGUCUUCUGCGGUAAUGAGCUGGGCAAAGUCGUAGCGAUGCGCAACCUUGUGCGGGAGGGCAUCACGCCGCCGGUGCUCGUGUUCGUGCAGAGCGUGGAGCGAUCGAAGGAGCUGUACGAGGAGAUCCGGAUGGAAGGCCUGCACAUGGCCAUCAUGCACGCCAAGAUGACCGUGGAGCAGCGCGAGGAGACGGUGCUGCAGUUCCGUCUCGGCAAGAUCUGGGUCCUUGUGACGACGGAGCUGCUUGCGCGCGGUAUCGACUUCAAGAACGUGGGCACGGUCAUCAACUUCGAUUUUCCAGCAACUGUCGACUCGUACAUCCACCGCGUGGGUCGCACGGGCCGCGCCGGGAAGGAGGGAACGGCGAUCACUUUUUUUACGGAGGACGACAAGGAGCGACUUCCUCCGAUCGCAAAGGUGAUGCAGGACUCUGGGAACGCCGUGGAGGAUUGGAUACUGGGCAUCAAGGUGGAUCGCAGCACCCGCCGCCGUCUUGAGCGCACAACGCCGCAGCGCACCAUUGUCAGCACGCGGAAGCGCAUGCUGGUGGCCCAGCAGCGUGUGCAGCGUCAGUACCGUCGUCUGGAGGCGGAGAAGGCAGCGAAGCAAGCCUCCAAGAGGAGCAAGGGCUGCGGGGACUGCGACCGCGACGACGGCGAUGACAGCACGGAUGAUGCGUAG